AUGUAUACAGCGUGCCUCAUUGCUUUUUUAUGUUCAAACUUUUUUUUUUUCAAAAGGUGUUUAAACAAUUCAGAUGCACAAAUUCUAACACAUGUCUCAGAAUUCUAUCUGCUGGGAUUCACAGAAGAUCCCAACUUGCAACCAAUUCUUGUUGGGCUGUUCCUGUCCAUGUACCUGGUCACAGUGCUUGGGAACCUGCUCAUCAUCCUGGCCGUCUGCUGUGACUCCCACCUCCACACCCCCAUGUACUUCUUCCUCUCCAACCUGUCCUUGGCUGACAUCUGUUUCACCUCCACCACGGUCCCAAAGAUGAUUGUGGACAUCCAGAGCGAGAGCAGAGUCAUCUCCUCUAUGGGCUGCCUCACACAGAUGUCUGUGUUUCUCAUUUUUGCUUGUAUGGAUGACAUGCUUCUAAGUGUGAUGGCCUAUGACAGGUUUGUGGCCGUCUGCCACCCUCUGCAUUACCAGGUCAUCAUCAACCCUCACUUCUGUGUCUUCUUAGUGCUAGUGUCAUUUUUAAUCAGUCUUUUGGACUCACUGCUGUACAACUUACUUAUCUCACAACUGACAUCCUUGAAGGGUAUGCAAAUUGCCAGUUUCUUCUGUGACCCUUCUCAGCUUCUUAAUCUUGCCUGUUCUGAUACUUUUAUCAAUAACAUCAUCAUGUAUUUUAUUCUUGCUGUCUUUGGAUUUCUUCCUAUCUCGGGGAUCUUUUUCUCUUACUAUAAAAUUACUUCCUCCAUUCUGAGGGUUCCCUCCUCGGGUGGGAAGUAUAAGGCCUUCUCCACCUGUGGGUCUCACCUUUCAGUAGUUUGUCUGUUUUAUGGCACAAGCCUUGGAGUGUACCUCGACUCAGCUCUAUCACAUUCUCCCAGAAACAGUGCAGUGGCUUCAUUGAUGUACACUGUGGUCACUCCUAUGCUGAAUCCCUUCAUCUACAGCCUGAGGAACAGGGAUAUUAAAGAUGCCUUGAGGAGGCUCCACAGCAGAAUAGUCUAAUUGCAAAGCUUGUGACAACCCUUUGAAAUCCAGCUUACCAAAUCCAGCAAAUGUAGCAUGUAGAAAUAUAAUUCAUGCCUCCUUGGCCAUGGUAUGUUUGUAGCUUAUCAACUUCAAUUCCUCGUCAUGUUUGAUGACUGCAAGAACAGUGUGCAACUGAACUGGGCACCUAAAAUGGUGAAAAUGUUCAUUUUAUGUCUAUUUACCACAAUAAGGAAUGGCAAUAAAAUGCAGAUGGAUCUUUGAAAAAUUAAAGAAGACAUAGAAGGACAAGCAC